AUGGCUGCCCCGCGCGCCGCGGUGGCGUCGGCAAAGCAGGUGACGAGGCAGAACUUCGCGGAGGCCGUGCGGGAGCUGGGGGCCCACUUGGAGGCGUGCGACUACGUGGCCGUGGCGGCGCAGAAGACCGGCGCCCCGACGGGGUGGCGCCGCGCGCUGCCGGUGGACACUGCGGAAACGGCCUAUCUCAAGGCCAAGCUCGCCGCAGAGUCCUUCCAGCCGCUGCAGAUCGCCGUCUGCCCCUUCAGGCUGCGCAGCUCUUCCCCGUCUACCCUUGUGGCCUACCCGUACAAUUUUCACUUAUUUCCUAGAGAUGAACUACAGCUCGGAAUGCCUUCAUACAGUUUCUCUUGUCAAUCAUCUUAUUUAUCAACUAUGGCUAAUGAUGGUUUUGAUUUCAAUAUGUGCAUAUAUGAUGGUAUUUCUUAUCUAUCAAGGGUUCAAGAAUCCUUAGCAAGGCAAAAGAUCUUUACUCCUCGUCCUCAACAAUUGUUGCCAUCUCCAAGCACAUCAGUUUCGGAUUCAGUUUUCGUGAAUAGAAUAAAGGCUAAGAUAUUGCACUGGCGAAAAGGAUAUGCUGACCCAAGUAAAAAAGAUGAUGGUACUUUGGUUAGUUCCCUUAGCAGAUUAAUUUUGGGUGGUGAAACAUAUGGUUCCAGGCCCAGUAUGAGUAUUGAUGUCUGCAGUGAUCGGCAAGUUCAACUGGUCUUGGAGGCAGUAAACCAUAUCUCUGAUGACCUUGUAUCUCUCGUUGUUCCGCACAAAGCUGGAGCUGCUAGGUCCGUGCGUGUGAUCUUUACUAACUCGAAAGAGGAUAAGAAUCUUCUCCUGAUGGAUAUCCAGAAAUUAGAAGAUGAACAAAACUUUAAAUUCCGUGGAUUUCGAGAAGUUAUUGAUCUACUAUCAUCUUCACAGAAGCCAAUCAUAUCGUACAAUUGCUUGAAUGAUAUGACAAUGCUGCACACCAAAUUCAUUGCACCUCUUCCGCCAAACUUGCAUGAAUUUAUGUGUUCUCUAAAAAUGGUCUUCUCUAAUGUUGUUGAUAUCAACCACCUGUGGAGGCAAAUUGGCCCUUUGAGAAAAGCGAAGAAUAUACAAGCCGCUCUCAGUUACUUACAAAGACAGUACUUUGUGCCAAUUGAAAUAGAAAUACCACAGCAAGAUGGUACCAGCAGUGUAACAAAAAAUGAGCAAAAUGUUCUGAGAAUAACAAAGUUAUUUGCUAAACUAAGUAAUUUACUGAAAAUCAGUCCUGAGUGCCAACUGCAAUCUCGUGAGCAGUGCACUGCAGUUGAAGAAUAUUGUAACAUCUUCUAUCCAAGUUGUGUGGUCGAAGGUUCUGAUGAUGCCAACUUUGCUAUUGAGUCAGACACCACAGAAACUGUGAGCACUGAUAACAUCAUCUUCUUGUGGGGCUUUAGGGAAAAAUCUGUCAAGGAGUUAAAAUCUUACCUUAUUGGCUUACAUCAAGCCUUCUCAGAAGAUUUUGAGGUCAAGUUGUUGGAUAAGACAUGCUCAGCUUUGAUAUUCCGUGAUUCUAAUACUGCAACGCAGUUACUAAAAGAAAUAAACUCAGAAGGCCCCUCGCUAAAUAGAUUCUUCUCAGAAGGUCUGAAAGCUGCAGGUUUUGAAGUGUACAGAAAGGUCUGCAGGUUAGGACUUUGGGAUUCAGAUUUAGCGGAGGUCCUCGAGGAUGUUUCAUCUGAGCUAGGUGUUCCGACACUUCCUGAGUGCAGCACCUCUCAGAUAUACUGGAAUAGUGCAUUGAUGCUGGACCUGAAGGAGUAUCUGGAAUGCUAG